UUUGACUCUGGUUUCUUUCACAUGUAGUGCCACUCCUGCACCAGCAUGACCUACUCUGUCAUUCCUAUAUAUUUUGUAUCCUUACCAUGUCCAAUUGAAUAUCCUCAUUCCAUCAACUUUCUGUGAUGCCUAUUAUAUCAAUAUCCUCAUUUAAUAUCGGGCACUCAAGUUCACCCAUCUUAGUAUUUAGACUUCUGCCGUUUGUAUACAAACACUUAUUAAGUUUGUCACUUUUUAGGUGUCUGCCAUGAUCUGAUGUAGUUGAAUGGGACUCUCUUUUAUUUGACUGUUUCUCUUCGAUUCCUGUCUGUGCUUUAUCAAUUUCUAGCCUGUCCUCCUUACUAGAAUAUAGACUCCCCAUUAAUAGAUGCUCCCCUAAGGGAUGUCUCUGUCUGAACUGUGCGCUGCUCUACAGCUGUUUGCUUUCCCCCAGCCUUUAUUUUAAAAACUUCUCUACAAUUCUCUUUUUAAUUUUAUAUGCCUGCAGUCUUGUUCUGUUUUGGUUUAGGUGGAGCCCAUCUUUCCUGUAUAGGCUCCUUUCCCAAAGGGUUCCCCAGUUUGUAAUAAACCUAAACCCUCCUCCAUACACUAUUGUCUCAUCCAUGCACUGAGACCCUGCAUGUCUGACUAACUGGCCCUGCACGUGGAACUGGAAGCAUUUCAGAAAAUGCUGUCAUGCAGAUCCUGGACUUCAAUCUCUUACCUACCAGCUGAUAUUUGGCCUCCACAACCUCUCUCCUACCUUUCCCUAUGUCAUUGGUACCUACAUGUACUAUGACCACCAGCUCCUCCCAGCACCGCACAUAUCUACCUAGAUAACUUGAGAGAUUUGCAACCUUUGCACCCAGCAGGCAAUUCACCAUCUAAAUGGAUGAAGGUUCAUUAAAGGCAGAACUACGAGCAGCUGUAUUUUUGGCACUUGAAGAGCAAGAAAAAGUAGAGAACAAAACACCCCUGGUAAAUGAAAGCUUGAAAAAGUUUCUAAGUACAAAAGAUGGUCGCUUGGUUGCUGGUCUUGUUGCAGAAUUUCUUCAGUUUUUCAAUCUUGACUUUACAUUGGCUGUUUUUCAGCCUGAAUCAAGCACACUAAAUGGGCUUGAAGGGCGAGAGAAUUUAGCCCGAGAUUUAGGAAUUAUAGAAGCCGAAGGUACUGUAGGUGGCCCCUUAUUGUUGGAAGUGGUCAGAAGAUGUCAGCAGAAAAAAGGUUCCAGUAGUGGAGAAGUAGCUCCAGUUCUGUCUGACAUGCGUUCUUCACCAAAAUCACCUGAUGGAAGAUCAAUUACACAUCCAAUAUCAAGUAAGAUACCAAGGUUUAAAGGACAUCGUAAACUGAAAAAGUGCUUGGACAAGGCUGGUGAGCAGGUUGCUGAAACCAGUCAAAGUGAUACAAGUAUUUCAUCAGGAGAAACAAAGAGCAAAAGCAGCAUUCACUUUCUUCCCAAUGAGACAAAGCUAGUUUCUCAACCACACAACAAAGACUUAAAUACCAAAGAAAAAAGUGAUCCAGCUGUAGAUGAGGAUGACCUAGAGGGAGAUUCUUUUUUUGAUGAUCCCAUACCCAAACCAGAGAGAAACUAUGGCUGGCCCCCUGAUAAAAAUAGUGAUACUGAAGAAGAUGCAGGAGGUCUGUUUGUGACAGAAGGCAGGCAGAAAUCCACGAAUAGGAAAACAGAGUCCAACAAACAAGGAGGAAGCCUUGCAUCUCUUUCUGAUGCACCCCCCCUAAGGAGUGGGCUAAGCUCCCUUGCUGGAGCACCUUCACUACAAGAGCCUGACAAUGCAAAUAGAAACUCUGUUUUGAAAGAUCUACGCUUGGUGAAUGCAAAAUUUGGAUCGCUUGAAUUAGGAACUGGAGAUGAAGAGGAGUAUGUUGAUGAUUUCAACAGUACCAGUCAUCGCUCAGAAAAAAGUGACAUCAGUAUUGGUGAAGAAAUAGAAGAAAUUUCUGUGGAAAUAGAAGACUUGAAUGCCAGUGAUAAACUUGAAGACCUCACACAAGAUCUUACCAUUUCUCAGUUAAGUGAUGUUGAUGUUGCAGAUUAUCUAGAGGAUGUGGCAUAGAAUUGGACAGUAGAGAUGUUUCAAGUGCUGAAUUGAGGACUCUUGUGGACUGCUAUUUUCAGACAAUCAUUCUUUGCUGGAAUGUCUGUUCCCUAUUUGUGCCUUGUGUUUCAGAAAGACUGGAGGUGUAGAGAGCUCUUAUAAAAUCAUAGCAAGAACUGAAUGAAAUAGUUCAUUCCAGCUUGAGUCUAAUAUUGGAAUUGUUGUUCUUCGUCUGGUUCAGCGAAACCUUUCACACAAGGAGUUGAAUUUUUCCAGCUGGAUGUCCAUUGCUGGCGAUGGAUACACAAAACCAUCGGUCUAUAGGAGAACAUAACUGAAGAAAUCAGCAAAGCUGCAGAACUUCUACACAGAUGUAUGGCUGUAUAAUGAAUUUACACUGUUAUCGUAACAGUCUGAUUUUUAGCUAAGAUAAGCAAGAAAACUUAAGAGUUACUGCUUCAACUUACUAAAAACUUCAGCAGUCUAUAUGAAAUUUACAUAAUAUCUAAUAAAUCUUCCUCAGUUCCUAGUCACUCCAUGCCUACUUUAAGGGGUCAAGAUUUUUCAGAAGUGACUAGUGAUUUUUGGGAGCCCAACUUUGGAGGUCUGUCAGGGGCCUGGUUUUUAGCAUUUUCUGAAAAUCAGGCCCCUUUAAGGUGUCUCCAGUUGAACAGCCCAAACUGAGGCACCUAAAAUCAGUAGGCACUUUUGAAAAUCUUGGCGGAAGUAUCUGUCAACUCUGAACUUUCUUGUUUUAAUGUAUUUGUCAGACCAUUAACGUUACUCUGAACUACUUUUUUGGUGAUAUAAUUUCAUUAAUGUUAACAGCUGUUAAAAUCCCAAUAAAAAUGUGAGAUUCCUUUAUGAUCCACAGAUCAUAAUACAGAAUAGCAAAAUUUCUGAGAAGAGCUGUUUAAUGGUUUGUGGAGUUCAUGUUACUGGGCGGGAUCUUAAUUUGUAUUGACUCACUUUCAUUGUUUAAAAUCCAUAUUUGUUUUAAAAAAGAGCACCAAAAAAGUAUGAAACAAUUAAACUUCUCUGUGUAUCAGAAUCUAAUGACUAAUGAAUGGAUUUAAACCCAAAUAUUUAAAAAUAAUACCGGGCCUAAGAUAUUGAACACACUAAGUUAUAGCCAGGAGCACAUUUUUGUAUUUCCAUUAUCAACUCUUGAAAAACAGAGUCAGUAAUGGAAACAUUGACAGUUUCUUAACCAUACUGUCAUGCAUAGCACUGCUGUAGUAUAUAGGUCAUGGACAUUUGUAAUACUGAAACAAGCCUUCAAAAUGUGUAUUUUUUGAGCAUUGUUAAAAAAAAUACAUGGGAAAAGAUGCAUGUCAGUGAAUAUAAAGAUAAUCACCUUUU